AAUAUGUAUUUUUUAAUGUUAAAACUUUGUCAUAGUAAAAUUUAUUAUUCAUUGUACAGUGAUUAUGACACUGAUCCUUUCUUCAAGUGCCCCAGGCAUUGGUCCGCUGCACCGGCACGCAGACUCUGGAGCUACCUGGUGCGCCAGGAGCCGGUGCAAGAGCUGUUCAUCCGCUGUGUGUUCGGCAAACGACGCAGUGCGCCCAGUAUCACAGAGCUGGUGGAGAGCGUGCGAGAACGUGACAGGCCCGACGCCGCAGGCCACAACCUGCCUGAACCUGUCCGAAUCAUCCAUAAGGAACAGGACUCCAUCACUGCUUUCUGCCUCAACAAUGUGAGUACGGGUCUGCUCGCCUUGGCCACGCCACGAGAGGUGCAAGAGAUGGACAUAUCGCUGUUGCUUGAGAUGCCGUCUUGGCUGGAAGAUGAGUGUGAACUGGACCUCAUGAGUCUCAACAAGGAACCGGAACUUCUGCCUACUAGCGGAUUUCUGGUAAUUCAGACACCCACCGACAAACCAGUGGUUCAGAACCCCGCCAACAACCCUGGUGGGGCCACCAGCCCUCAGGGGGGCUUGGCGGGGCAGACGGGACGUGGGGCCUCGGUGAUGAAAGGGCUCAACUUCCCCGGGUCGCACGACCCUGCUUUCUGUCAGUUGGUCAUUGACCGCAGCCGCCAUCUCUUGAGACCGGUGCUGAAACACAGAGUAGACAAUAUCAGGAGAGUCAGUGCUCACCCACUCCUUCCCCUGUAUCUGACCCGGCUCGCAAGACGGUUCGGUGCAGAUGUGGGAGUGGGGGCACGCAGCAGCAGUGACAGUGGCGCGCCCCAGUGGCACAUUCGCCAAGGUCACUCGUGUGCGCUUCAGCCAGCACGGCAACAAGUUCGGUGUCGCAGACGGUGAUGGAAACCUUUCACUCUUCCAGUCCCAGGUCGGGACCAGUGCGCAGGGCUCCCGCCCCUUCUUUGUAAGUUCCCACACUGUGGUACUAGAGC